UACUUUUCCUAGGGUAGAUGGAUCCGAGAUGGAGGAGGAGGAAGAAGAGUGUUGUUGGAUCCAAGUUUGGGUUUCGUGGUUUUGUCUAUCUGCUGUUGGGCCUGGGAUUGAUGGCGCUGCUGCCGAUCUUCUUCUUCUACAGCCGCUUGAAUCAAGAAGGAUCGAAAGAAUGCGAAUGGAUAGAGAAGCCUCCGCUAGUUUGUGCUCACGGUGGUGACACCUCAAGAGCUCCUCCUAACACUCUUGUAGCUUACAAGCUUGCUCUAGAUGCUGGAGUUGAUUGCAUGGAGAUUGACUCAUCGCAGACCAAAGAUGGAGUUUUGGUGGCCUUGCACGACAGAGAGCUGAACGACAUGGCUAAUACUUCUGGCCUUCGUGUUGGUGAUCUCACCUUUGAACAGUUCCAGAUUCAAGAGCUCAAUGCUGCUCGUGGCUUUCCUGACGAGUUUCAAGGCCAAAAAGUCCCAAGCCUCGAGAACGCAUUAAGAUAUGUUUCCAGAUUCCUCAAACAUGUCGUAGUCGAUGUCAAAGUUGGGCCGUCGCUGCGUGCAAAAGAUCUUGCAGCUGAAAUCAAGUCCACGGUGGAUAGAACUCACUGCAGGAAUUGCAUCGUCUGGUCAAAGGUAGACGACGUUGUUCGUUCCUACAAACGUGAAUCACAAGCAUGGGCAGGCUACAUUGUCAUGGACACCCAAAAGAUGAGAAAACCUCUGAGGAUAAGCUCCGCUACCGUUGUUGGAGUUUUCCAUGGGCUCAUCGACAAAAGAAUGGUUUCUACAAUUCACAAGGCCGACAAAGUGGUUUAUGCCUGGACUGUGAACGAAGAAGCCGAUAUGCUGAAAAUGCUUCAUCAUGCUGUGGAUUGUAUCAUCACUAGCCAACCACGUUUACUCCAACAAGUCAUGGAGCGAGAAAGAUCAAGCUGCCAAUUCAUCUAAGAUCAAUAGCUCGUUUACUUCGAUUUUUUUUCAUGGCCAAAGAAAGAAGAGAACGAAAGAAUGUAUCGAAAACCAAAACGAUUCGUUUGUACUUCUUAGCUAUUGUACA